AUGUCGCUUGAACAUGAAGGCUCUCGUUCGCAAAUGAGUCAAUUCCGAUGCAACAUUGCUGGUUGUCAGGGAUCAUUCCACCAUGUGCGCAAUCUCGAAGCACAUUUGCACGUUCACGAAAGGCCCCGACCGCUCGACCGCGUACUACCCACGUCAUCGGCUGCUGAACGAAGUCACCUCCAAGUUCUUAGACAACAGCGCUCUCGCCAAGAGUUCUUUCGCCGACGCCGCAGACGACAGAAGAACCUCAGAAACGGUUGGCCUGACUGCGACGUCGAUGGCUCGCCCCGCAUUUGUUCAGCCGUUGUUAGGCCAUGCGGAAUUGGCACCCGACCUGGAUUUUCGGAAUGUGAUGGAUCAAUGGAAUGGGGUGUUUGUGGUGAAUCUCGCCCAGGAUCAACAUGUUUUUCGUCACCUUGGGCGUCAUUUCACCAUAAAUCUAUUACGUGAAGCAUUGCAGGGCACAUUGCGGCCUGCUCGACGGCCUCCAGUGGCGGACUCAUAGAUUUUGCUGGAAAGUUAUUUUUGUAG